AUGUGGCCCUUGGCAGGAAGAGAGACUGGAGCAGACACGCACUCUUGCCCUCUCCUCCCUCGCCGGCACUCUCGCUCUCCCCUCCCCUGCCAUGUGCAGCCCUCCCCAGCCACCAGAACUCGCCCUCCCCUCCCCGGCCAUGAGUGGACACGGACUCCCGUCCUCCCGCCCUCCCGCCAUGUGCCGCCCUCCACUGGGCGGGGAUGCUCUGGGCCACGUGCUGCUUGGGGUCCAGGGGCAGCGAGCCUCCGCCGUUCCUUGGACUUGUGGGCCCGGGCGCUGGGUGGGGCCGCGGGUGGGCGUCAGGGGCCAGGCUGGGCGCCGAGGUCUUCAAAGGGGCGGAGACGACGGGCUUGGGCUCCCCGCAGAGGCUGCCAGGGGGCGGCGGUGCACCUCCCACCCGGGUCACCUCGGUGCCACCCAUGCCUGCAUCAGGGCAGGCGGACCCACGGCCCUCCACGCCCUCCCUCGCUCGCGUCCUGCCCGGUUGCCGCUGUUCGCAUCCUCUCGGUAACUCCGUGGAGUCCCGCCCAUUCGGGCGACUGCCCAGGCUGCAGCCCGCCAGCUAAUCUCGGCUAUCUUUUCCUCACUCAGUUCUUCGCCUCCACCAGCUUCGGCUCUUUUCGUCACCCCUCUUUACUCCUCGUUCCUCUCCGUCACUUUCCGUCAUCUCCGAUUAGGCUCGGCCUGCUGCAUCUCCUUUCCUCUGUGUCGCGCUCUGACAAAUUUCGUGAGUCUUCGUCACUGUCCGUCAGUUUCCGUUACUUUCCUUCAAUUCUCGCCACUUUCCGUCACUCUCCGCCGCCCUUUACCUCCGCUCGGCUCUUCUCCGUCAGGCAUCGUCUACUUUCGUCACUCUCCGUCACUCUCCGGCUGCUCCCUACCCCACACUACGGGUGGAGAAAGCCUCAGGGACAUUUCCUGCCCUUAGACCUUUUCCGUCACUAUCCGAUCCUGCUGUCUCUUCAGUCCCUGGUUAUUUGUGGUCUGCCCGUGACUCUGUCCUCCUCCCUUCACUCCUGGGAGAGUGGCCUGGUCUCUCCUGAGAGGCCUCUCCCCACUACCCGGCCUGACUGAUGGUGAUAGUGUCUCACUCUGUCAUCUAUCACCCACGCUGGAGUGCAAUGGUGCGAUCUAGGCUCACUGCAACCUCUGCCGCCCAGGUUCAAGCGAUUCUCCCACGUCAGCCUCCCGGUAGCUGGCAUUGUAGCAGGACAAGCCACAGAAAUAUUCCUCAGACACCGGGUUAAAGAAAGAAGGGCUUUCUUCGGCCAGGAGGGUCAGCACCCUUGCGUCUUAAGAGCCGAGGUCUCCGAAAAAGGAAUUCCUGGGCCUUUUAAGGGUUUACGACUCUAAGAGGUUCACAUGAAAGGGUCGUGAUAGAUGGAGCAAGCGUGGGGAAUGUGACUGAGGACUACAUGCAUCAGAUAACAGUACAGAAAGUUUUUCAGUGCUUCCUCAUACAGUGUCUGGAAUUUGCAGAUAACAGAAAUAGUUUACGUCUGGGGCUAAUAUUAUUAUUUUAACCACCAGGGCCGGGUGGUGGUGCCAGGGUCGUCCAGCUAUUUAUCUUACUUCUCUUUUUUUUUUUUAGCUUUUUGCUUUCUCCCUUUUUCCGUGUUUUAUAAACUAAGGAAGGGGUGUGGGGAAGGGAACGGCAGCAGGAGAAGUGGUGGUCUCCUUCCUUAGGAUUACAGGCACUGGGCUUCAUUCCUUGCUAAUUUUUCUUUUUGUUUUGUAUUUUUAGUAGAGAUGGGGGUUUCACCAUGUUGGCCAGGCUGGUCUUGAACUCCUGACCUCAGGUGAUCGUCGGCCUCGGCCUCUGAAAGUGCUGGGAUUAAAAGCACAAGGCACGGUGCCCAGCCACGUGUUGGCAAUUUAAUCCCCAAAUUCAUGUCCUGAUUGGAGAUGUGGCCUUUGGGAGGUAAUUAGGAUGAGAUAAGGUCAUUAGGGUGGGUCCCAGUCAUGGGACUCGUGGCUUUAUAUGAUGAGGAAGAGAGACUGGAGCGGACACGCACUCUUGCCCUCUCCUCCCUCGCCGGCACUCUCGCUCUCCCCUCCCCUGCCAUGUGCAGCCCUCCCCAGCCACCAGAACCCGCCCUCCCUUCCCCGGCCAUGAGUGGACACGGACUCCCGCCCUCCCGCCAUGUGCCACCCUCCACUGGGCGGGGAUGCUCUGGGCCAUGUGCUGCUUGGGGUCUAGCGGCCGCGAGCCUCCGCUGCUCGUCGGACUCGUGGGCCUGGGCGCUGGGUGGGGCCGCGGGUGGGCGUCAGGGGCCAGGCUUGGCGCCGAGGUCUGCAAAGGGGCGGAGAAGACCGGCUUGGGCUCCGCGCAGAGGCUGCCAGGGGGCGGCGGUGCACCUCCCACCCGGGUCACCUCGGUGCCACCCAUGCCUGCCCCAGGGCAGGCGGACCCACGGCCCUCCACGCCCUCCCUCACUCUCGUCCCGCCCGGCUGCCGCUGUUCGCAUCCUCUCGGUAACUCCGUGGGGUCCCGCCCAUUCGGGCGACUGCCCAGGCUGCAGCCCACCAGCUAAUCUCGGCUAUCUUUCCUCACUCAGUUCUUCGCCUCCACCAGCUUCGGCUCUUUUCGUCACCCCUCUUUACUCCUCGUUCCUCUCCGUCACUUUCCGUCAUCUCCGAUUAGGCUCGGCCUGCUGCAUCUCCUUUCCUCUGUGUCGCGCUCUGACAAAUUUCGUGAAUCUUCGUCACUGUCCGCAGUUUCCGUUACUUUCCGUCAAUUCUCGCCACUUUCCGUCGCUCUCCGCCGCCGUUUACCUCCGCUCGGCUCUUCUCCGCCAGGCAUCGUCUACUUUCGUCACUCUCCGGUGCUCCCUACCCCACACUCCGGGUGGAGAAAGCCUCAGGGACUUUUCCUGCCCUUAGACCUUUUCCGUCACUCUCCGAUCCUGCUGUCUCUUCAGUCCCUGGUUAUUUCUGGUCUGCCCGUGACUCUGUCCUCCUCCCUUCACUCCUGGGAGAGUGGCCUGGUCUCUCCUGAGAGGCCUCUCCCCACUACCCGGCCUGACUGAUGGUGGUGAGCGGGUCUCGGGGUGAUCUCGAGGGGAGGAUCGGGAGGAGGGUCUGGAGGUGGCCCCGUGGGGGUCCCGACGGGAGGAUCGGGGGUCUGGGGGUGGCGCCAAGGGAAGGAGCGGUCUGGUGUGGUCCUGAGGACAGGAGCAGGGGUCUCGGUUUGGUUUUCAGGGGUGGAGCAUGGGGUCUCCCCGUGGUCUGGAGGGUGGAGCAGGGGGUCUGGGGUUGUACUUAUGGACGGGACAGGGCUAUUUCUCUUUUUGGUCCGGUUCCCAUCUGCUGAGCUGGGGGUCCUUGUGAUCCUGACAGGUGGGGCAGGAUGGGAGGGUCAAGGUGAGGGGAAGGAAGGAGUGGCGGCCUGGUCUCAAGGGGGCAGGAAAGGGUUUGUGGUUCAGUUCUGAUGUGCGAACCAUCUAUAGGAGAAUGGACACGUGUGACUCUCCCAUUCCUGGCCAGUGGCAGGGCCCAGUAGCUGCCUUCCCUGGCUGUCCUUGAGGCUCACUGGAGGAUACUUUUUUCAUUCUGGCAAUUUUUAAAAAAUUCUUUUAUCGAUCUCAGUGAGUUCAAAGGUGCCUGUGUGCAGGCAUAGGUCCGUUCUUUGCCUACGUUCCACUCUAGUCGGCUGAAAGGAAAUGGUAAUAUAGCUGGAAAAGGUAUCCUGGGGUGAUUAGAGGAUUUUACAUUUCAUCUCAGAAAGGGAUAUUGACAGGACGCCAGAACUUCUAGAUCCUCUUGAAUUUCAAAAAUUACUUCCAGGCCUGGACAAUAUCGGGAGGCCUCAUCUCUACAAAAUAAAAAUUAAGAAAUUAGCCGGG